GCCGCGGAAUACGCGUGAAGGCGCGCUACAAAACGCAACCGAAAUGGACUGGAGUCUGAACUCCCCGGUGGUUCGAGAGUCGGAGGUGACGCGAGCCGCACGAAGGAGAAGCAAGAAGGUGGCGUUUCCACUCGCGCAGGAUGAGUCUCCAUCGGCUUCCUCCACCACGCCGGCUCGCCCGCUGCUGCGACAGACGCCCGGCUCGCUCCUCAAACAGUCGUUCACCCCCAGAAGUGCCCUCAGGAACCCGGACGUGUCGGCCAUCGUGGGUACGGGGAGCAGGCCGUCCCGCUUCAUCAACACGCCACGUCCCAAAAGCGGUCCGAGCAUGAACCUGGACGACAGCGACUGGACCAACAGUUUGUACCCGUCGCCGGUCUCUGUUCUGGGAGACGGCAGCUUCACAGAGGAGAUGAACACGAGCGCCGUGAUGCUGAAGGAGGACGACCCCGGAGAGGCUGCGUCCGUGAGUCUGUUCCCGGAUUUCCUCCAGUCGUACCUGCGCCACUCGUCCAGCGCCUUGUUCGAUCUGUUGGAUGAAUACGAGUCCGUCUGUCAGGAGAAGGUCAGCACUCUGCAGAAGCUGGUGCAGCGCUCGUCCUCCAGCCAGCAGAAAUCGUCCAAAACCGCCAGCAUCACCUGGCUCCUACAGCAGGAAAUGGUUACCUGGAGACUCAUCAACUCGCUCUACAGGGACAGGGUCCAGACAGCCAUGGAAGACGGUCUAAUGAUGGACAUAACGACUCCCAGUGAAAGUGAGAAGGCCAUCAUGGAGCAGUUCUUCCAGACGGACAGCAUGGUCCGACAGAGCCAGUUGGUCGUGGACUGGCUGGAGAGCAUCGCCAAGGAUGAAAUCGGCGACUUCUCUGAUAACAUCGAGUACUACGCCAAAUCUGUGUACUGGGAGAACACACUACACACCCUGAAGCUGAGGCGUGAGCAGACCAGUGCGUCCUUCAGCAGACCGCUGGUGACCGAGCUGGACCCCGACGCCCCCAUCAGACAGAAGAGGCCGCUGGCUGAUCUGGACCGAGAGGACGACGCCCGCCUGCUCAGAUAUAUCUACACCCUCAUCCGCGCUGGAAUGACUGAUGAGGCUCAGAGACUGUGUAAGCGGUGUGGACAGGCUUGGCGCGCUGCCACUCUGGAAGGCUGGAAGCUUUAUCACGAUCCGAACAUCAAAAACGGUGAAUCCGAGCUGGAGCCGGUGGAGGGAAAUCCUCACAGGUGUGUUUGGAAGGUGUGCUGCUGGAGAAUGGCAGAGGAGGAGCAGUUUAACCGGUAUGAAAGAGCCAUUUACGCUGUGCUGAGUGGAAACCUCCGACAGCUGCUGCCGGUGUGUGAGUCGUGGGAGGACACUGUCUGGGCGUAUUUCCGUGUGCUGGUCGACACUCUGCUGGAACAGGAGCUCCGUUCAUCAGGUCUCAGUCAUGAAGAGCUGGAGGGUCUGCCCAGAGAGUACCUGGAGACCAGCUGGACGAUGGAGAAAGUGUUCGAGGAGCUCCAGGCGACCGACUCAAAGAGGGUUCUGGAGGCCACGAAGGAGCAUUACCACAUCGUCCAGAAGUUCAUCAUCCUCGGAGACCUGGACGGUCUUCUGGACAAGUUUGCUGAUUGGUUAGGAAAGACUCCGCCUCUGCCGGCGCAUCUCCUGCGCUUCAUGUCUCACCUGCUGCUGUUCUUCCGCAGUCUGGGCCUGCAGCUGAAGGAUGAGGUGUGUGUGGACGUGCUGAAGGCCUACGUCUCUCUCCUGGCGAAGGAGAAACGGGUGGAGCUGAUAGCCUUUUACGUCAGCCAUCUUCCCGCCGACGUGGCCGUGACCCAGUACGCUGGCUUCCUGGAGGAGGUGACGGAGAACGAUCAGCGCAGGCGUUGCCUCGAGCUCGCCGGCCAGGCUGGUCUGGACGUAGCAGCGGUCACUAAGACGGUGGUAGAGACCGUUCGAGAGAGGGACGCUGAGGAGUUCACACACCAUGACCUCACCCCUGCACUGGACACUGGAACUACAGCGGAGGACCAGCAGAAGAUCGACGUCAUCGACUGGCUGAUCUUUGACCCAGCCCAGCGAGCUGAGGCUCUGAAGCAGAGCAACGCCAUCAUGAGGAAGUUCCUGGCCUCAAAGAAGCAUGAAGCUGCUAAACUGGUCUUUGCCAAAGUCCCAGAGGACUCCAUGAGGGAGAUCUUCCGUCAGUGGGAGGAACAGGGAAUGGACACGCCACAGCCUGCUGAGGUGGAGAACGCCAUCCGAGAACAUCUCUGUAUCCACGCCUACCUGGAAGCUCAUGAGUCCUUCAAUGAGUGGUUCAGACACAUGAACUCGCCUCCCGUGAAGCCCACUCCACCCGCUCAGGCCAAAUUCACAGAGACGGUCGCCUACGAGAUGAAGGAGAAAGAGUACAAGUUGGAGUUUGAGAACUGGAAGGGCCGACUGGACGUUCUGACCGAGGAGGUGAAAGAGAGGAUCUACAACGUCCUGCUGUUUGUGGACGGAGGCUGGAUGGUGGACGUCCGAGAGGAUGCCGAGGAGGACUCCGACCGCUCCGUUCAGAUGGCUUUGCUGCGGCGCUUGUGUUUGCCCAUGAUGGCGUUCCUGCUGCUGACGGUGCUGCAGAGAGCCGAGCGUCACCAGGAGAGCCUUCGUCUGGCUGAAAUCAUCGCCUCCGACCAGCACCGGCUCUACGAGGUCUUCUCUAAGGACGAGCUGCAGAAGUUUCUCCAGAAGAUGAGGGAGUCGUCCCUGCUGCUGUUAGAUAAAGGACUGGAUCCUCUCGGCUACGAGCUCCAAUCCUGAUCUCCUUCUAGUCCUGGGUCAAAUGAUCAUCAUCAUUUUUCCUCUUUUGUACCUAAAUAAAGAUUUCUGAGCCGUA